AUGACAAUUGCCUUUGGUGCUCCAUACCUCGUACUGCUUUGGCCAAAACCCGGCAAAGUUUUGAAGCAACUGGAAAGCAAUUCGGGUGGUAUUCCACGAAUAAUGACGAAAGCUCUCCUAUGGAAAAUGCUUGUGUUCUCCAUAACACCAAGAGGCAUUAAACGAUUAAUGCUUGAUCGUGGAUGUCUGGACUCCAUUCAUCAGAAUGCAGCUAUCACAACUCGUCGCCAGAGAACUGCAGUUGUCCAGUUACACAGAGACCGAUGUAACUACAAUUUUUGCUCUCUUCAGUCUGGUCACGUGAGUUAUCGUGUAUUCUUUGUACAAAACAAUGACGAACAAGAAAUGGAAUUGCCAGAAGCGUCCAAACUUGCUGCAUUCCUCAAUUCAAAAUUCUUCCACGAAGCUGUCACUGAAAACCGUCUGGCGAUUCCAUGUGGUCGUCUCGAGCAUUCAUUCAGAAUUGAAGACGACGACCUGUCUUACUUGGUGUUCGUCGUCAUCUUCCAACACGGUGUUCAGAAACAUCAGCUUAGCGAGCAUGAACUAUGUCAGGCAUGUGAUCGACUUUUUAGUAUGUUAUUAUUAAAUAAUGCUAUUUAUGUAGCUGAGAAGAUUGCCAUAAUGCAUUCGAUCAACACAGCAACUAUAUCUACUGAGUUUCUUCGAGUAAUUGAAGAAAAUCACGAAAAUAUUCAGCAUUAUCAGAAAUCUAUUGAGCCACAGUUAUUAGAAAUUCUUAGAGAAGCACUCAUGGGAGGACUAUCGCAAUAUUUUUCAUUACCAAUGGAAGUGAUGCCAAGGCUGAUGGCAGUACUUGAAAGCAAAGAUGACAGUGUCGAACCAUCGGAGCGUGUGAUUUGUCAUGGUAAUCUUACGGCAGAGAAAUGCUACUUCCGGAAGGUCCGGAAUGGAAUAAGUUCCAAUCGUUAUCAACAAGUAUUGGUGGACAUCAGUGAAUGGGAAAACGUGCACUUCGGUGAUGUGGCGUUUGAUCUUUCUAAUCUUAUCAUUUCUUCGGCUGAGCCAUCUACGAGAAGAAACAAGUACAUGACGAAGAACGCUCCUGACCACGAUAACUUUCAGAUUUUUCGCAGCUACUACUAUUCACGAGUGGAUCGACGAACUACAAAGUUCAACCUUGCGCAUCUUAAGAGACUUUUUCGGAAACAUCACCGAGAAGUCGUCCUGUUAGGCAUCGAACCAUUGCUGGAAGUGCUUAGCAGUGACGCUGAUAACGACGUCAAAAUCGCGCACUCAUACAGAUGGGAGAGCGCGCUCGAAGAUGCGUUCGGCUUCUGCACACAGGACUACGUUAGCGACGAUGAACACUGCCUCUUCGCCAACUGA